UAUAACAGUGAUUAUGCAAACAGCAGUUGAGUAGAGAGUAAAAUAAUCUGACACAGAUGCUGAAACUCAGUAAAAAUGAUAUGAAUUAAAAAUGUGACAUUGCAUUUAUGCAACUUAAGAGCAACGAUUUCCUAAUCCUGAAUGUUAAACAUCAAAAUCCUGUGUGAAUACAAAUAUUCCUGAUUAUCUCUUUCUGGACCCAGAAGUUGCCGUUUUCUUGUUUAACCUUUUAUUAUCUACAAUGAGCUCACUGCCAGAAUCAAUAUUCUGUAUACUCAAGUUAUUACUCAACAUAUGUUUUUAAUUAAAUGUGUUUUCAUUACAGAGUGGGGUAUACUGGAAAUGCAGGUAAACUGGUCCAAUAAAAAAAAAAAUUGAUCAUUUUCUAAAGUUUUAGAUCUGAUUCCGAUUCAUAAUUUUUGAAUAUAGGCUAUGUCUAACCGUGUAAUUCUUCUUAGAUAUCAUACUGUAUUUUCCACUACAGGCUGCAGUAAACAUGUGAUCAUGACUUCCAUACAGUAGAUACUGUGUCACCUCUGGCUGGCCAAUCAAACACAUUCUUGCCUCUCAAAAGCAGCACAGUAACCUUCAUUUUACAUGAGAAUCUUACCACAAUGGUGUCUUCAGUGUUUGUCUUCAGGCUUCUGUGCCUGUUCUUGGGAAAAAUGGUUCAGAUGACAGAGUCGCAAAUGUUCCAAAUGUUCUCAUCUGUUCAUCCAGAGUCUCGUUUCAUAUCAGCUCAAGUUGGUGGAAACCUGACAUUAAAAUGUUUCCAUGAUGGUGACAGGUCUGCAAGACUUUACUGGUUUAAGCAAAAUCUGGGACAAAAACCAAAGAUCAUCUCUCACUUUUUCAAAUAUAAUGUGAACAACUCGUCUAAUGAAGAGCUCAAGAAUAACCCACGCUUCACACUGGAAACACAAGACGGCAAAUAUCACUUGAUGAUCAAAGAUUUGCAAGUUUCAGACUCAGCUACUUACUACUGUGUUUACUAUUUAUACACUUUAACCUUUUUAGAAAACAUCAUCGUCAGUGUAAAAGGUUCAGGUGUGAACAUCAAAGCUGUGGUCCAGCAGUCAGCAUCUGAGACCAUCCAGCCAGGAGGCUCCGUGACUCUGAACUGUACAGUACACACUGGGACCUGUGAUGGAGAGCACAGUGUUUACUGGUUCAAAGACUCAGACGAAUCCCAUCCUGGACUCAUUUACACACAUUUGGGCAGAAACGAUCAGUGUGAUAACAAACCCAGCACACAAACGCACACCUGUGUCUACAGCUUGCCAAUGAGUAACCUGAGUGUUUCUCAUGCUGGGACCUACUACUGUGCUGUUACCUCUUGUGGACGCAUACUAUUUGGAAAUGGGACCAAGCUGGAGCCUAAAGGCACGUUUAAUUCUCAGGGCUUGGUGUAUUUCUUGAGCGGAGCUUUGACAUUCAGCUCCAUCCUCAGUGUUUUACUGGGAUACUUGCUGUACAAGACAAACAAAAGAAACAGGCACCAAUCGACAGGUAAGUGGAGUCUUUUAGGCUUAGAACGGUUUUAG